UUCAUCAUGUUGUUGAUAUUAUUUUUGUCAAUUUUUUUUGCAAAUACUUUUGCACAAGUUCCAGUUUACCAAGCUCCAAAUUUUCAUCAAUUAGUUGAUUUUAAUAAAUCAGCGUACGCAGGUAAAUGGUAUACAAUUUCUAGGAUUCCAAAUUUUAUAGAGUACAAUGACAUAUGUUCAGCUAUUGCACUUGAAUAUAACGAACCUUUGGGAACAUACACGAUGAUUCUCAAUGCAGUAAAUCCAUCAACAAAACUUUUGCGCAACUCAAUUGCUGCAUUGUUUCCAAAAGAACAUGAACAUUCAUCAUUUACUUUUCGGUAUCCAAUCAAGCCACCAGUUAAUCUUGGAGUCAUGACUGUUUUAGCCACUGAUUAUAAACAUUGGGGAGUCAAAGCUGGUGUUAUCAACUUUCAUAAAUUUUGGUUAACGUUUGCAUGGAUCGAUUCAAGAGAACCAACAAUUUCACCUGAACAUUAUGAAGAAGCAUGUCAAGUUUUACGUGCAAACAAUAUUCCAGUUAGCUCAAUGAUGAAAGUCGAACAAUCCUGUUCAAACAUUGUCAAUGCAUAAUUAAUUUAUUUCGAAAAAAAAAAUAUAUAAAUACAUAA